AUGGAGCCAGAUUCUACAGAGCUGGAUAUGGAGUCCACAACUACACGAACCCAGAGCUCAACACCUCCUAUGCGCAUGGAGCAACCAGAGACUGCGAGAGAUGACAUCUUUGCCAACCACCGACGACUCAUUCAGUGGGUGUUGGCCAACGAUGGAUACUUUCACCCAGAUGUCCAGAUCGCUUUCAGCGAGCGCAAAGGGUUUCAUACCGUGGUCGCGGAAGGGGCGCAUAUCGCCGGCGGCACUCGCAUCGCCAGCUGUCCCAUGUCGACCACAAUAUCAGUGCUUAACGCCUUUGACGUGGCACCGUUUUCCAACCAUGGCACCCGGUUUCCGGACUCUUUUUUGCGAAACCAAGCCGACUGCCCGCAGUCUUCGCAGGCUUUCUUCCUCCUGGAGCAACUGGUCCUGGGCGAUAAGUCAUGGUGGGCUCCUUACAUCUCCUCAUUACCUACAGUUGAAGAUGUAUCUCAUUCGCAGUUUGAAGACGAGGCCGAUCUUCUCUGGCUCGAGGGCACUAACCUUAAGGCUGGAUUUGCUGCAGAAGCCGCACGAUGGAAGGAGAUGUAUCUGAAAGGCAUGCAUCAACUCAAGCAGUCACAGUGGGAGAACGCUGUCAACGGAGCCUACACAUGGGAAAGAUUUCGAUGGGCGAUGACAAUUUUCGGAAGUCGGUCUUUCACUUCCCAAGUGCUUGAUGCCACUCUCCCUGCGGACAAAGCCCUGCUGCAACAAUACCGGCAUGACGACGGCCGUGAUCUUUGCGUUCUUGGGGAGCUGUUCGCCCAACACUUUGGCGUGCUUCUCCCGUUAGUCGACAUCUCCAACCACAAACCAGGCGCGAAAGUGGAAUGGCAGGCCCGCUACAGUUUUGUCGGACUGCAAGUCCUCGAACCUUACGAGUCAGGUCAGGAGAUCUUCAACAACUACGGCCCACGAGACAACGAGACCCUGCUUGUGGCAUAUGGCUUCACCAUCCCGGACAAUCCGUUUGACCAUGUGGUGAUCAGCAUCAGGGCUCCACCCGGUUCCCCCUUGGAGAUAGCCCGGAAGUGGCAACCCGAUUUGCGAUCAGACCCGGAGAGGAGAUGCUUCAUUUUCACACACCAGCAUCCGCAAUCGACUUCAGCACGGUCGUUGGAAACGGCGCUCUUCUCCUUCGAUCUGCUAGACAGUGUUUCGGUCCUGUGCGCGAACGAGCGCGAGGUGCAGACCAUGUAUACAAGGCAGCAGACGCUGAUGAGUUACUGCCUCCAAGAAACGCCGAGAUUUGAGGACGGCCGCCUCGUCCUUGCAACUGUGAGUCAACUACUUAGAGACUGCUCACAACGAGCGGCCAGGCUGAGAGCGACCGACCCGACCACAAUGAAUGCUGGUGUCACACCAUCUAACUACAAACAGCAGAAUGCAAAGGUCUACCGAGACAGCCAGCUCAACAUGGUCGAGACUGCCGCUGCCGUCUGCAAGUUCGUCCUCAAGGUCGCCACCAGUGAAGACGCGAGCGAAACCAUUCUGGCAAAUUUGCGCCAGGAACUGCCAGAAUCUAUCUUCGACAAUCUCCAAACCCUCGUUAACCGACAUGGACGACUCACUCAUCCUCACGAGCUGCUUAGCAGUACGGGCCUUCUGGAAAUGCUUCCACAAAGUCUAUCGACGUCUCUGCAGAACUGCUUGUCCGAGAUCGAAAGCAAUCUACAACGCAUUAGCGAUGCAGUCGACCCAACGAGUCUAGAAAAGGGUCGUUUGGCGGUCAUGCUAUCGGCAUUGUAUGGCGAAUAUUUACAUGGGACCAGACUACCUCAUCGGAUUUCCGCUUGGCUGCAACAACUGGUCGAGUGGUAUCCUCCGGACAGUGAACUGUGGUCAUAUGUGCCGACACCAGGCCCGUGGGUCCCUGGUGAGGAACCUCCGCCCGAUUUGAUGAAUCUACUUGCUGCUCGAGCAGCUAUCUCGCCUAGAAUGCCGGCAGAAUCCAACAUCAAGCGUUGGCUCAGGCCAGAGAGGGUUUGCUGGGGUUGGAAUGUCAUGGAGGAAGAGAUGGUCCGUGUUCCAACAAACGUGUUCCAAGUUCCUGGUGACCAGGCUGAAAGUGAGAUUGGGCGGUCGUUGAAUAGCCAGGUUCUGAUCUACUGGCAGCGCUACUAA